CGGCCGCGCGAUGCAUUGUGGGCGCGGCUGAGGAAGUAAAAUGGCGGACCUGGCGAACGAAGAAAAACCUGCCAUUGCUCCACCCGUCUUUGUAUUUCAGAAGGAUAAAGCACAGAAGUCCCCUGCAGAGCAAAAAGCUUUGUCGGAUUCAGGCGAGGACCCCCAGGGAGAGGUUGAGCCCCCCUGCCAUGGUCUGGGUCACACAGAACCAGCUGGUGAGUGCGACUCUGAGCACCCUGUUCCUGCUGUGGCCUCAGUCAGUGCUACCCUGAGUCCUGCUUCUGAAACCCAGCUUGCUCCUAUUCAACAAGAACUGGCAGGGAGAUCUGCAGAUGGAACAAGUCCGGACGAUGGAGAUGAAUCUGAUCGUGAGGAUGGAAGCUACUGUCCACCUGUAAAACGUGAGAGAACUUCAUCUUUGACUCAGUUCCCUCCUUCUCAGUCAGUAACAAAGAACAAUGUCUUUAUGCCCUCAAGCUUCUGUGAACCUUCUGCAGGCAAUUCUGAUUCAGAACCAGAGGAAAAGAGCAGUGGUUUCCGGCUGAAGCCACCAAUACUUAUCCAUGGUCAGGCACCUAGUGCAGGUCUCCCUAGCCAGAAACCGAAGGAACAGCAGCGAAGUGUGCUCCGUCCAGCAGUAUUACAGGCCCCACAGCCAAAAGCUUUCUCACAGAUGGUUCUCAGCAGUGGCACCAAUGGUAUAAAUAUCCCUCCAGAUUCUGCAGCCCCAUCAGAAUCACCAAGUGAUGCAACGCUGAAAAGUUCAGACUGUCAAGACAAGGCAGCAGAAUGUCAAAAAAAGGAGUCCAACAAUACUUCAGAUGAUGACAGCUGUGAGAAGGCUGAACUAAAUGCACAGCAAGCAUUUGUUUUUGGGCAAAAUUUAAGAGAUAGAGUUAAGCUAGGAGAUGAAAGCGAUGAAACUGGUGAUGUGCAAAAUGCUGGCCUUCUGACAGCAGAUACACCUUCUGCAACAAACUAUUUUCUACAGUAUAUCAGUUCCAGUGUAGAGAACUCUACGAACAGUGCAGAUGCGUCUAGCAACAAGUUUGUUUUUGGACAGAACAUGAGUGAGCGAGUCCUAAGUCCACCAAAAUCAAAUGAAGGUAGUACAGAGAGUAAUAAGGAGAAUGCUGCUACAGAGUCUGGGUCUGAAUCGUCUUCUCAGGAGGCCACGCCAGAAAAAGCUAAUAAUAUUUCAGAAUCACUGGCAGAGUCUGCAGCAGCCUAUACUAAAGCAACAGCAAGGAAGUGUUUAUUGGCGAAGGUAGAAGUGAUCACUGGGGAAGAAGCUGAAAGUAACGUGUUACAGAUUCAGUGCAAACUGUUUGUAUUUGAUAAAACCUCUCAGUCUUGGGUGGAAAGAGGUCGAGGGCUACUGAGACUCAAUGAUAUGGCCUCAACAGAUGAUGGAACAUUACAGUCUCGACUGGUGAUGAGGACUCAGGGGAGUCUCAGGUUAAUCUUAAAUACCAAGCUCUGGGCUCAGAUGCAGAUUGAUAAAGCCAGUGAGAAGAGUAUCCGGAUCACUGCCAUGGAUACAGAGGACCAAGGAGUUAAAGUUUUUCUUAUAUCAGCAAGCUCUAAAGAUACAGGGCAGUUAUAUGCUGCAUUGCACCAUCGGAUCUUGGCUUUGCGCAGUAGAGUGGAACAAGAGCAAGAAAUCAAGAACGUAGCUCCUGAGCCAGAGGUAGCGCAGUCAAAUGAGGAAGACAGUGAUGAUGAUGUCAUAGCACCUUCAGGAUCAGCUGGAAGUGGUCCUAAUGAUGAAGGUGAUGGGCAGAACGUUGGUAGCACAUAGCAGAUGUUAGCCCAUCUGCUUGCAAGGCUGCUAUGGAACACCAUCUUGCAGGCAUCUCCGGAUACCCCAGGCCAGCGAUUAUUUCAGGCAGUGUUGAAAGCUCCAGGACUUAAGACUGUGCAUCUCUGUUCUGUUUGUUUGGGUUUUUGGUCUGGAUCAGUAGAUUCCACACAAAAAAAAAGCAGACUUGGAAACUACCUGAAUGUGGUUUGGGACGUUAAAAGCUCAUCAUAUUGAUGAGCAAAAAAAAAUAAAAAUCCAACCCCAAAACAACAAAAACACAAAAUGCAAACACCCCCAACCAUUUUUCCUCGUCCUUGUAAUUAAAAUGGCACAUUACAGCUUGUCACAGCUUUUCAAUUGGGACCUUUUGGCUGUUUCUUCAGUAGUUCAUGUCUUGCAGGUCUCCAAGAUAAGAACUUUUCGACACGGUUCCAACUCGAAUUCUGCAUUUCUAACCCCUACUCCCCUUUACGCAGGGAAACCCGGUCCUCACCAGCUCCUAUGCUCACUGGCUGCCCUUUUGGGUUCCUUUUUUUUUUUUUGGACUGCAGAUGGGGCAGGUUAUGUUUUUACCUUUUAAUUCCAACAUAGAUUAUGGAUGUGGAUGCCAUUGUUUGCUGUCUAGUGAUUUGUAAACAGAAAGAAACAAAAUAUUGUGGUUCACCAGAAAAGCUUUUUUAACUCCAUAAUAAGAGACUUUAAAGUCUGCAGGAUGUUUUGCUAACUCCUUUUUUCUUCCCAUUUCAUUAUUAUUUUUGGGGGAUUUAUAUUGUGGUGAGACUUUUUUAUUUUAGUUUUUCAAUAAGAUGCUCUUGUGUGUUGAAAAAGUGAAACUAUGGUUUUGUACUGUUCUUUUCUGUUACUAUUUAAGGGAGAGCUAAGCCACUAUAUAUAAUAGAUGUUGCAUAUAAUUUUUCUUAGAAAACCUUGUUUCUGUGGCUACAGUAAAGUGCAGGAGGCAUACAGGUUACACCUUCAGAAAAGUUAAUGGCAGAACAGCUGUUAGCCCUUGGAAGAAUAAAAUAGGCUCAUGUAAUGAGCUUUGCCAGCCAUUAAAAUAAAUCUGUAUAAUAAAGCAGCUCUCAUUCAAUGGCUUGAUUCAACAAGCCAUUUAAUCACCUGCCUGACUUAACUGUAUGUGAAUAAUCUUACUGAAGUCAGUGCAACUCUUCAUGCUUAAAGUUGAGGACAUUUUUUAAAAAUUAAUGGCCUUAAAUAGAAAAUUUAACUUCUAACCCUUCUUGUCCCUGUUCUGUUUCCUAAAGUCUUACAGCAUGAGGAAGAAGGUAAUACUGCCAGCCUUGAGUAGUUUGGGCUGAAGAUUAUUGUAUUCUGUUCCACCACAAAUAAAAGCAAGAGUGUGUUUUUCUGUGUGUAA